GGAAGUGCCGGGGGUGUGAAGCGGGGCCCGCAGCCCGGCGGGACCAUGGCGGACGUGACCGCACGGAGCCUGCAGUACGAGUACAAGGCGAACUCCAACCUCGUUCUCCAAGCCGACCGCUCGCUGAUCGACCGGACCCGUCGGGAUGAGCCCACGGGGGAAGUCCUGUCCCUGGUGGGCAAGCUGGAUGGGACCCGCAUGGGGGACAAGGCCCAGAGGACCAAACCCCAAAUGCAAGAGGAGAGAAGAGCCAAGAGGAGGAAGCGUGACGAGGACAGGCACGACAUCAACAAGAUGAAGGGUUACACCCUGCUGUCUGAGGGCAUCGACGAGAUGGUGGGCAUCAUCUACAAACCCAAAACCAAGGAGACCAGGGAGACCUAUGAGGUGCUGCUUAGCUUCAUCCAGGCAGCCCUGGGCGACCAGCCCCGGGACAUCCUCUGUGGAGCUGCUGACGAGGUCCUGGCUGUGCUGAAGAACGAGAAGCUGAGGGACAAGGAGAGGAGGAAGGAGAUUGAUCUGCUGCUGGGCCAGACUGAUGACACCCGGUACCACGUGCUGGUCAACCUGGGCAAGAAAAUCACAGAUUAUGGGGGAGACAAAGAGAUCCAGAACAUGGAUGACAACAUUGAUGAGACCUACGGGGUGAACGUCCAGUUUGAGUCUGAUGAGGAGGAAGGUGACGAGGACAUUUACGGGGAGGUUCGUGACGAGGCCUCCGAUGACGACAUGGAGGGAGACGAAGCCGUCGUCCGCUGCACCCUCUCAGCCAAUCUUGUGGCAUCGGGGGAGUUGAUGAGUUCAAAGAAGAAGGAUCUGCACCCUCGGGACAUUGAUGCCUUUUGGCUCCAGCGCCAGCUCAGCCGUUUCUACGACGAUGCCAUCGUUUCCCAGAAGAAGGCAGAUGAAGUGCUGGAGAUCCUCAAGACUGCCAGUGAUGACAGGGAGUGUGAGAACCAACUGGUGCUGCUCCUGGGCUUCAACACCUUCGACUUCAUCAAAGUCCUGCGCCAGCACCGCAUGAUGAUUCUUUACUGCACUUUGCUGGCCAGUGCUCAAAGCGAAGCUGAGAAAGAAAGGAUCAUGGGGAAGAUGGAGGCAGAUCCUGAGCUCUCCAAGUUCUUGUAUCAGCUCCACGAGACAGAGAAGGAGGAUCUGAUCCGGGAGGAACGAUCUCGCCGGGAGCGCGUCCGCCAGUCCCGCAUGGACACUGACCUGGAGAGCAUGGAUCUGGACCAAGGAGGAGAGGCCCUGGCUCCCCGGCAGGUGCUGGAUUUGGAGGAUCUGGUGUUUGCCCAAGGGAGUCACUUCAUGGCCAACAAGAGGUGCCAGCUCCCUGAUGGCUCCUUCCGACGGCAGCGCAAGGGCUACGAGGAGGUCCACGUCCCGGCCCUGAAACCCAAACCUUUUGGUUCUGAAGAGCAAUUGGUUUCAGUGGAGAAGUUGCCCAAAUAUGCCCAGGCUGGAUUUGAGGGCUUUAAAACCCUGAACCGCAUCCAGAGCAAACUCUACCGGGCAGCCCUGGAGUCAGAUGAGAACCUCCUGCUGUGUGCACCCACGGGUGCUGGGAAGACCAACGUGGCCUUGAUGUGCAUGCUGAGGGAGAUUGGGAAGCACAUCAACAUGGAUGGGACCAUCAACGUGGAUGAGUUCAAGAUCAUCUACAUUGCCCCCAUGAGGUCCUUGGUGCAGGAGAUGGUGGGCAGCUUUGGGAAGCGCCUGGCCACCUAUGGCAUCAACGUGGCUGAGCUGACAGGGGAUCACCAGCUGUGCAAGGAGGAGAUCAGUGCCACCCAGAUCAUUGUCUGCACCCCUGAGAAGUGGGACAUCAUCACCAGGAAGGGGGGGGAGCGCACCUACACCCAGCUGGUGCGACUGGUGAUCCUGGAUGAAAUCCACCUCCUGCACGAUGACCGAGGACCCGUCCUGGAGUCCUUGGUGGCCAGAGCCAUCCGGAACAUCGAGAUGACCCAGGAGGAUGUCAGGCUGGUUGGCUUGAGUGCCACGCUGCCCAACUAUGAGGAUGUGGCCACCUUCCUGAGAGUGGACCCAGCCAAAGGCUUGUUCUACUUUGAUAACAGCUUCAGGCCCGUGCCCCUGGAGCAGACCUACGUGGGGAUUACAGAGAAGAAAGCCAUCAAACGCUUCCAGAUCAUGAAUGAGAUUGUUUAUGAGAAGAUUAUGGAGCACGCUGGCAAGAAUCAGGUCCUGGUGUUUGUUCACUCCAGGAAGGAGACUGGGAAGACAGCCAGGGCCAUCAGGGACAUGUGCUUGGAGAAAGACACCCUGGGGCUCUUCUUACGGGAGGGCUCGGCCUCCACCGAGGUCCUGAGGACUGAAGCUGAGCAGUGCAAGAACCUGGAGCUGAAGGACCUCCUGCCCUACGGCUUUGCCAUCCACCACGCUGGCAUGACACGAGUGGACAGGACACUGGUGGAGGAUCUGUUUGCUGACAAGCACAUCCAGGUGCUGGUCUCCACAGCCACCCUGGCCUGGGGUGUCAACCUCCCUGCUCACACUGUCAUCAUCAAGGGCACCCAGGUUUACAGCCCUGAGAAGGGACGCUGGACAGAGCUGGGGGCUCUGGACAUCCUCCAGAUGCUGGGCCGUGCUGGGAGGCCUCAGUAUGAUACCAAAGGUGAGGGGAUCCUCAUCACCUCCCAUGGGGAGCUGCAGUAUUACCUGUCCCUGCUCAACCAGCAGCUGCCCAUUGAAAGUCAGAUGGUGUCCAAGCUCCCAGACAUGCUGAAUGCAGAGACUGUGCUGGGCAACGUCCAGAAUGCCAAGGAUGCAGUCAACUGGUUGGGUUACACCUACCUGUACAUCCGGAUGCUGCGUUCCCCCACCCUCUAUGGGAUCUCCCACGAGGACCUGAAGGCAGAUCCACUGCUGGACCAGCGCCGCCUCGACCUGGUCCACACUGCAGCCCUCAUGUUGGACAAGAACAACCUGGUCAAGUAUGACAAGAAGACAGGGAACUUCCAGGUGACAGAGCUGGGCCGCAUCGCCAGCCACUACUACAUCACCAACGAGACUGUGCAGACCUACAACCAGCUCCUGAAACCCACCCUGAGUGAGAUCGAGCUCUUCCGGGUCUUCUCCUUGUCCUCAGAGUUCAGGAACAUCACUGUGAGGGAGGAGGAGAAGUUGGAGCUUCAGAAGCUGCUGGAGAGAGUUCCCAUCCCUGUGAAGGAGAGCAUAGAGGAGCCCAGUGCCAAGAUCAAUGUGCUGCUCCAGGCCUUCAUCUCCCAGCUGAAGCUGGAGGGCUUUGCCCUCAUGGCAGACAUGGUUUAUGUCACCCAGUCCGCAGGGCGCCUGAUGCGCGCCAUCUUCGAGAUCGUCCUCAACCGUGGCUGGGCCCAGCUCACUGACAAGACCCUCAACCUCUGCAAGAUGAUUGACAAGAGGAUGUGGCAGUCCAUGUGUCCUCUGCGCCAGUUCAAGAAGCUGCCUGAAGAAGUGGUGAAGAAAAUUGAGAAGAAGAACUUCCCCUUUGAACGACUCUACGACUUGAACCAUAAUGAAAUAGGGGAACUGAUCAGGAUGCCCAAGAUGGGGAAGACCAUCCACAAAUAUGUUCAUCUCUUCCCAAAGUUGGAGCUCUCUGUCCACCUGCAGCCCAUCACCCGUUCCACCCUGAAGGUUGAGCUCACCAUUGCCCCUGACUUCCAGUGGGAUGAGAAGGUCCAUGGUUCCUCUGAAGCUUUCUGGAUCCUGGUGGAGGAUGUGGACAGUGAGGUGAUCCUGCACCACGAGUAUUUCCUGCUGAAAGCAAAGUAUGCUCAGGACGAGCACCUUGUCACCUUCUUUGUGCCUGUCUUCGAGCCCCUGCCCCCCCAGUACUUCAUCAGGGUGGUGUCUGACAGAUGGCUCUCCUGUGAGACCCAGCUGCCCGUUUCCUUCCGCCACCUGAUCCUCCCUGAGAAAUACCCCCCUCCCACCGAGCUCCUGGACCUCCAGCCCCUGCCCGUCUCUGCCCUGCGCAACAGCGCCUUCGAGAGCCUCUACCAGGACAAGUUCCCUUUCUUCAACCCCAUCCAGACCCAGGUCUUUAACACAGUUUAUAACAGCGACGACAACGUCUUCGUGGGUGCCCCCACGGGCAGUGGGAAGACCAUUUGUGCUGAAUUUGCCAUCCUGAGGAUGUUGCUCCAAAAUUCAGAGGGACGCUGUGUCUACAUCACCCCCAUGGAGGCCCUGGCAGAGCAGGUUUUUAUGGACUGGUAUGAAAAAUUCCAGGAACGUCUCAAUAAAAAGGUGGUUUUGCUGACUGGGGAAACCAGCACAGACCUGAAGCUGCUGGGCAAAGGGAACAUCAUCAUCAGCACCCCAGAGAAAUGGGACAUCCUCUCCCGACGCUGGAAACAAAGGAAGAACGUCCAGAACGUCAACCUCUUCAUCGUGGAUGAAGUGCAUCUCAUUGGGGGGGAAAAUGGGCCCGUGCUGGAGGUGAUCUGCUCCCGCAUGCGUUACAUCUCCUCCCAAAUCGAGCGGCCCAUCCGCAUCGUGGCCCUCAGCUCCUCCCUCUCCAAUGCCAAGGACGUGGCUCACUGGUUGGGUUGCAGUGCCACCUCCACCUUCAACUUCCACCCCAACGUCCGCCCUGUCCCCUUGGAGCUGCACAUUCAGGGCUUCAACAUCAGCCACACGCAGACCCGCCUGCUCUCCAUGGCCAAGCCUGUCUACCAUGCCAUCAUGAAGCACUCCCCCAAAAAGCCUGUCAUUGUCUUUGUCCCCUCCCGCAAGCAGACGCGGCUGACGGCCAUCAACAUCCUCACCACCUGCGCCUCCGACAUCCAGAGGCAGAGGUUCCUGCACUGUGCAGAGAAGGAUCUGGUGCCCUACCUGGACAAGCUGAAUGACAACACCCUGAAGGAGACCUUGGUCAACGGGGUGGGGUACCUGCACGAGGGGCUGACCCCCAUGGAACGGCGUGUGGUGGAGCAGCUUUUCAGCUCUGGGGCAGUCCAGGUGAUGGUGGCAUCCCGCAGCCUCUGCUGGGGCAUGAACAUCUCUGCCCACCUGGUGAUCAUCAUGGACACCCAGUACUACAACGGCAAGAUCCACGCGUAUGUGGAUUACCCCAUCUAUGACGUGCUGCAGAUGGUGGGACACGCCAACCGCCCGCUGCAGGACGACGAGGGCCGCUGUGUCAUCAUGUGCCAGGGAUCCAAGAAGGAUUUCUUCAAGAAAUUCCUCUAUGAGCCCCUGCCCGUGGAGUCCCACCUGGACCACUGCAUGCACGACCACUUCAAUGCUGAGAUUGUCACCAAGACCAUUGAGAACAAGCAGGAUGCUGUGGAUUACCUCACCUGGACCUUCCUCUACCGCAGGAUGACCCAGAAUCCCAACUACUACAACCUGCAAGGUGUGUCCCACAGGCACCUCUCAGAUCAUCUCUCCGAGCUGGUGGAACAGACCCUGAGUGACCUGGAGCAGUCCAAGUGCAUCAGCAUCGAGGAUGAGAUGGAUGUGGCUCCCCUGAACCUGGGCAUGAUUGCUGCCUACUACUACAUCAACUACACCACCAUUGAACUCUUCAGCAUGUCCCUCAACGCCAAGACCAAGGUGCGAGGCUUGAUUGAGAUCAUCUCCAACGCUGCUGAGUACGAGAACAUCCCCAUCAGGCACCACGAGGACAACCUCCUGCGCCAGCUGUCCCAAAAAGUUCCUCACAAGCUGACCAACCCCAAGUUCAACGACCCCCACGUCAAGACCAACCUCCUGCUCCAGGCUCACCUCUCCCGCAUGCAGCUGAGCGCUGAGCUGCAGUCAGACACCGAGGAGAUCCUCAGCAAGGCCAUCCGCCUGAUCCAGGCCUGUGUGGACGUGCUCUCCAGUAAUGGUUGGCUCAGCCCCGCGCUGGCUGCCAUGGAGCUGGCCCAGAUGGUCACCCAAGCCAUGUGGUCCAAGGAUUCCUACCUCAAGCAGCUCCCUCACUUCACCUCUGAGCACAUCAAGCGCUGCACUGACAAGGGUGUGGAGAGCGUUUUUGACAUCAUGGAGAUGGAGGAUGAGGACCGUAACGCCUUGCUCCAGCUCUCUGAGGCUCAGAUCGCCGACGUCGCUCGGUUCUGCAACCGCUACCCCAACAUCGAGCUCUCCUACGAGGUGGUGGAGAAGGACAGCAUCCGCAGCGGGGGCCCCGUGGUGGUGCUGGUGCAGCUGGAGCGGGAGGAGGAGGUCACCGGGCCCGUCAUCGCUCCCCUUUUCCCCCAGAAACGUGAGGAGGGUUGGUGGGUGGUGAUUGGGGACUCCAAAUCCAACAGCCUCAUCUCCAUCAAGCGCCUGACGCUGCAGCAGAAAGCCAAGGUGAAAUUGGAUUUCGUGGCCCCAGCCACGGGCACCCACAACUACACCCUCUACUUCAUGAGUGAUGCCUACAUGGGCUGCGACCAGGAGUACAAGUUCAGUGUGGAUGUGAAGGAGGCUGAGAGUGACAGCGAGUCUGACUGAGAGAGAGAGCCCCCCGGGGCUAGUGAGAGCCCCCCAUGGCUAGUGAGAGCCCCCUGUGGCUAGUGAGAGCCCACCUGCCUUGGGGGCCUCCAGGAAGGGGGAAAGAAGGGGAAGGGGAAAAGGAUGGGGAGGGGGAAAAGAGAGGGGGGGGGAAAGUAGAAAGGGGAAAGCAGGAAAGGGAGAGAGAAAAAUGGGAAAAUAGAGGAGAAAAGGAAAAAGAUUCCCAGUAACUCAGUCACUGCCUGUGACAGUCCCCAGCAAGGAGCCUCCAUACUUCAGCCACCCUUUGUGUCCUCACCUUUAGUGUGGUUUUCCCUCCCUUCUCAGUUUUUCUGUAUUUUCCCUCUCUUUGUGUUAUUUUUUAAGGUGUUGAUGCUUUGUACAGUGGUUUUUAGACAGCAAUAAACCUUGAACCCAUCUUCUC